GACGGGGUCUCCAAGAUGGUCAUCAGUUAAUCGGUUACGUUCGCUCGGUGCACCUCUAGCUCUAUCUGUUUCUGUGACCCCCAGUGAAGAUGAAACCCUUCGCCUUUGUCGUUCUGGCUGCUCUCAGCUUGGUCGUGGUCAACGGUCGUCCGGGUGCCCAGUAUCUACCACCUCUGCCGGUUAAGGAGGUGUCCGCUGCACCCAGCUUCCAGCAGGAGAUACAGCCACAUAUCCAGCAGCUUAUCCAGUCUCAGAUCCAGAUUAAGCCCAAGAUCCAGGCCAAAGUAGAAUCUAUCAAGGCCUCAAUCCCUUUGGCUAGCUUCACCAUCCAAUCUGGCGGACAACAGUAUUACCAGAGUGCACCAGCUCCAGCUCCAGUUUCCAUCCCAGCUCCGGCUCCAGUAUCCAUCCCAGCACCAGCUCCAGUUUCGAUCCCAGCCCCGGUUCCAGUGUCCAUUCCUGCACCUGCCCCUGCUCCAGUGGUGAUCCCAGCUCCAGCUCCCGCCCCUGCACCCGUGGAAAUCCCACAGCCAGCUCCCCAGGUGAUCUAUGAACCACCCAAGCCCAUUGUGGCCACCCAGACGGCGGUGAAGAACGCCUACCUACCACCCACUCCUGUCCAGCAAUUUGUGCCUGCUCCAGAGCCAGUUGUUGAGACCGUUGCACCAAAGCAGGAGACCAUCACCACCACUUACACCGCCCCAGCUCCGGCUCCAGCUCCCGCUCCCGUUCCCGCUCCCGCUCCAUUCCCAAUCGUAAUUCCAGUUCCUGCCAUCCAUGAACAGCACCAGGUUAUUCACCAGACAUACUCCGCCCCAGUGGCUCAGCAGACAUACUCCGCACCAGCUCCGGUUGUUCAGGAACAGACUUACACCGCUCCCGCUCCAGCUCCAGUAGUUCAGCAGACUUACUCUGCUCCAGCACCUGCUCCAGUGGUCCAGGAACAAGUCUACAGUGCUCCUGCUCCUGUGGCCCAACAGACUUACUCCGCACCAGCUCCUGCUCCAGCUCCAGUUGCCCAGGAACAGUUCUACAGUGCUCCUGCCCCAGUGGCCCAGCAAACUUACUCUGCACCAGCUCCAGCUCCCGCUCCAGUGGCUCAGCAAACCUACUCCGCUCCUGCUCCUGCUCCAGUGGCUCAAGAACAAUUCUACAGUGCUCCUGCCCCAGUGGCUAAGCAGAUCUACUCUGCUCCUGCUCCUGCUCCUGCACCAGUGGCUCAGCAAACCUACUCUGCUCCGGCUCCAGCUCCAGUCGUUCAGGAACAGACUCAGGUGGUUCAGUCUUACUCUGCCCCUGCUCCCGCUCCAGUUGCUCAGGAGUCCUACUCCUACCCAGCACCAGUUGUCCAGCAAGCUCCUGUUAUCCAGCAGGCUCCUGUUAUUCAGCAAGCUCCAGUGGUUCAGGAAGUCGUUCAGCAGGCUCCCGUAAUCCAACAGACUUACAGCGCACCUGCUCCUGUGGUCCAGCAAGCUCCCGUGGUGCAGGAGGUCAUCCAGCAAGCCCCGGUUAUUCAGCAGGCUCCUGUAGUGCAGCAGACCUACUCGGCUCCUGCACCUGUGGUACAGCAGACCUACUCGGCCCCCGCUCCCGUCGUGCAGCAGACUUACACCGCUCCGGCUCCCGUUUCGAUCCCUGAACCAAUCCAGCAGAUUGUGCAGCAGCCACAAUACAAUGGUUACUCCUACCAGGCUCCUCAACCAGCUCCAGCUCCCGUUCAGGUGUCCAUUCCUGCUCCAGCUCCAGUUCAGAUCUCCCUUCCUGCUCCAGCACCAGUCGUGAUCCCAGCACCAGCUCCAGCACCAGUAGUGAUCCCUGCUCCAGCUCCUGUUCCGAUUUCCAUCCCUGCUCCAGCUCCUGUCCAGCUGCAGCAAUCCUUUGUGCCAGCACCACCUGCUCCCAUCCAAGUCCAGCAGCCAUCCCAACCCAUUGUACAGUACACCCCACCAGCUGUGCAACAGCAGGUGACCUACACCCAGCCUGCUCCAGCUCCAGCUCCAGUUCCAGUUUCAAUUCCUGCACCCAUUCCCAUUGUCCAGAAAACUGAGAUCGUGUCCGCUCCCGCUCCAGUGCCCGUGGAGAUCGGAACCAGCUAUGCCGCCAACGGUGGUUACCUGUACAAGUAGAAUGCCAGUGAACGGACCCCAGCGGAGGUCCGAACUCGCAUCGAGUUGGGGAUCGAACGCUCAUCGCUGAUCGGUUCAUCUGAACUUAGUGUUACGUAGCCAAUUUCUAGCACCUUUUUUUUCGUUAUACAAUUUUUGUUAUGCUUUUGUUGAUCAAUAAACCGUUUUUGUUAUAAA